UUGAAAAAACCCCUUGACAAAGAAGCAGCACGGAAAGGGACGAUACAUGCAUUAACAGCAGAUCUUCAAGCAGUCAAAUUGUGUCCUUCACUCAACGCCAGUGCACUAUAUUUUAAGACAAAACUUGCCGUCCACAACUUUAUAAUUUACAACCUGGGAACUAAUGGAGUCGCGUGUUACUGGUUCGACGAGACGGCAUGCGACUUAAAAGCUACUACAUAUGCAUCAUUUCUUGUAGAUUAUUUAACUAAAUUACUGGAAAAUGAUCCAAAGGAUGUAGUAUUGUUCACAGAUGGCUGCACAGCCCAGAAUAGGAAUAAUAUUGUGUCGAAUGCGUUGUUGCGUUUGGCCAUGGCCAAGAACAUAGUUAUAACUCAAAAAUACUUGGAAAAGGGCCACACUCAGAUGGAAGUCGAUUCGGUGCACUCGGUGAUCGAAAGAAAAUUGAAAAAUCGAGAAAUAUUUCUACCCUCACAAUACGCAACAAUCACGAAGGAGGCCAGAAAAGUGCCGAGUCCUUACCAGGUUAUUACUCCUGAUCAUACAUUUUUUAAAAACUUUGCUCAUAAAGAUCACCUCAUUUAUGAUUCAAUAAGACCUGGUCGUGGGGCGGGUGAUCGUGUCGUCAUGGACAUAAGGGCCCUAAGAUACAGUCCUAGUGGGACAAUUGAUUUUAAACUCCACUUUGUAGACGAUUUUGUUCCUUUACCUAGGAGACCAAAAAAGAUAUUAUCUGACUCUUUAAUUGAUUGCGUAGGUCCAUUGUAUGAAUCCAGACAACCAAUAUCCAAAACAAAGUAUGAUCACAUAAUAUAA